GUGAGGGUAUCGCGAUGGAGGUAACAGGCUUGACCCAUCAGCAAUUCCAUCAUCCAGCCUCCUGUGUCUGUGUGCAUGUGCUUGUGUGCAGGGUACGGAGGAGGGCAAAUCAUUCCUCCGAGGUAGGUGGACUGACGAAGGGAGGGCGGGAUGGAGGGUGGGAGGGAUGUGUAUGUGUGUGCGCGCAAUGCAAUCCUCUGUGUGCGUGUAGCCGCUGUUCCCAAGCGGACCAUCGAGGACGACGACAAGUCAGGGCCCAACAAGGUGUUGCACCGCACCCACGACAACCAACAGCUGACGCGUCCAUUGCCCUCUUGUUUGUGUGUUCUGUCUGUUGUGCUGCUGGACGGAUGUGAUGUGCUGUAGCGGGGCCGUUUUGAGGGCGACGUAGCCGUAGCUCAUGUGCAGACCGACACGGAUCAUCAGGUAAAAUCUGUGUGUGCUCGCGCAUCUCUACCUUUUUGGAUACUCGAUGCCAUUCAUCUCACCAGGUCUCUCUCUCUGUGUGUGUCCGUGUGCGUGCGUGUCGGUCUGUGUGGUGCAGAUGGACGACACGCUCAAGAAGCGGAACCGAAACAUGUUUGCAGGGCUCCAGGGUAUGCACCGCACACACACACACACACACACAUUUCGAUGCACAUCUGUCCGCCCCUGUGUGUGUGUGUGUGUGUGUGUCGCUGUGCUUCAGAACAUUUGAAGAAGGCCCAUGACGCGCUUCAGACCGAGAAGGAGUCCGACACGGUCAGUCAGCACCUCCCCCGCCCCCCAGCCCCCCACGCACACACACACACACACACACACAUAUGCACGUCGGUGUGGGAAUAUCUCCUGUAGAUGGCGCACACCGUGGCCAGGGCGCAAGCAGGAACUCAGACUCAAGGAGAACGCCAGAAAGGAGGCCAAGGUAAACCAUGCAACACGGUAUCCACACACACACGACAGGGCACGUGGGACCAAGUCUUGUGUGUCAUGUGUGUGCGGAAACACAGGAUCGUCGUGCGAGCGACCAGCAGCGGUUGAGCGAGCUGGCCCGGGAGCUGCACAAGAAGGAGCUUCGGGAGCUGGUGAGCCGUCCCCUCACCACCACACACCGAUAGAGGCCCACCCCAGCCCUCUUGACCAUGUCGGAUGCUUGCUGGUGUGUCAGAAUGAGAAGUUGAGCAUCGACUACAGCAAGAUGCGCAACUUCAUCAGGACAGAGUCACCACCACACACCACACCACACCACACCGCACACACGAGCGCCGUACCCUGGUGCAUCCGUGUGUGUGUCCAUCCAUCCAUGUCUGUGUCCACAGGGCCGAGCCGGAGAUCUUCUAUCUACCGGCCAAGCACAACGGCGUCACGAAGCGCAAGCUCGCCGACACAGAGAUGCUCAUAGAGGUCGGUGAGUGAGGGGGAGGCAUCCAUCCAUCCAUCCACACCAGUGUGUGUGUGUGUGUGUGUCUGUGUGUGCAGCGCAAGCUGGAGUGUUUGAAGCAGAUUGACGAGUCGGGUAUGUUGCGCCGGGUGGGGGGCACCUCCAUGUGCACACACAUGUGUGUGUGUGUGCAGAGUUGGAAGCAUACGGAGGGCCCGCCCCCUCACCCCAUGGUCACUCACUGGUGGGUGCUUGUGUCUGUCUGCCGGUGUGAGGUGGAUGGAUGUGUGUGUGGUCCAUCGGUGGAUCGUCUCUCUGCCUCUGUUUGGCCGCAGUUGGGUAGUCCUGUUGGAGAAUCUGAAGGCCAAGGCACUGUCAACCAGCAGCAGCCCUUCCAGGCGGUACCAGAGGUGAGUGUGCCGACCUCACACACACAUCACAUCACAUCGCAUCACACCACAUCACUCAGGCCACACACACGUGUCUGUGGUCCAUGGCCUCAGGUGUCUGACGUUGCCAGCGAGGGGACGGGUGGCGCUGCGCUGUAUGUGUCUCCUCGGAAGGUGCGACGGGCGUUCACUCUUCCCGCAAAGCAGCUGAAGCCAACAGUAAGGCAUGCACACACGCGAGCCAAAGUCCAGUCAGCCAGCCUUCAUGUGUGUGUCGAUGGGGUGCAGGACCGCUUCCUGUACUGGGUGGGGCAGCGGACGGAAGCAGAGCAGGACAUACUCUUCGAUGGCAUAGGCAUGAUCGACAAGAAGCUCUUCACCACUUUUGAUACCUUCCUGAAGGAGCAGCUUCCGAUACGUACGUCAGGAGCAUUCCAUCAAUGACCCUCACUGUGCCGGGCCGUGCUGUGUGUGCUGGUUUAUGUGCGCAGCAGGAGAAGAGUGGCGCUGAGCAUCUGAGGGACAUCUGGCCAGAGGGCACCAAGCACCGGGACGAGCUGCAGCAGGCCUAUGACAAGUGGGUCGCGGAGAACCCCAAGAAGAACGCCACACGCACCAUCGAGGAUUACGCCAACAACCAGGUCAAGUAGAUGGCCAGUCGCCUGAAGAAGUAUCGGGCAAAGACAGAGGGGGGGGGAGAGAGUCAAGAGGAAAGUUGAUCUAGACCGACUGGGUGACGACUGACUGACUGACUGACUGACUGACUGUGUGUGUACAUAUCAACGUCUGUGUGUGUGUGUGUGUGAAUGGUCCACCUAUCUGACGAUGAGUGGUGCGGUGUGGUGUGAAUGAAUCUGGCUCAAAUGUCUAUAGUCUGUCUGCCUGCCGCCGGAUCGUCGCUUCUGUAUAUGUAUAUAUGGGUGUGUGUACGUGACGAUGCUCAUUUCGCC